CUCGGUAUAUUAAUUAUUACGAUCAUUCUUCUGCAUUCUUAGAUAUUUUCUCACCUUUCCGACAUGGACACUGAAGAUGACACCUUUUCCGAUGACCAUGACGUCAGCGACGACGUCGUGUCAUCCGAUUCCGAUUUUACGCCCGAAACGAACUCUGGCGAUCACCGCGAGAAGAGCUACAAGGUUUUAUCUGAGGAGGACAUAAAGCGCAUCCAGGACGAUCGAAUCGAGAGGGUUACGACGUCGUUGUAUGUUUCUAGUGGUGUUGCUAGGGUUUUGCUUAAUAAGUUUAAGUGGAAUGUUAAUGAAUUGCAGGAAUCGUGGUUCACGGAUGAGGGGAAGACUCGGAAAGAUGUCGGAUUGGCGGAGUCGAGGAAAAAACAUGUAGGUACUAAAAAAAUUGAAAAAUUAGAUCAAUUGAAUUGUUCUAUAUGUUUCGAGGAUUUUGUUUGUGAUGUUAGGGUGGAUAAUUGUGUUUUAUGUGAUCAUCAGUAUUGUAAUUGUUGUUGGAAUGGAUAUAUUAGUAAUGCGAUUAGUGAGGGGUCCGGAUGCUUGUCGUUGAGGUGUCCGGAUCCGGAUUGUGAUGUUGUGGUGACUGAUGAGUUGGUUAGUGUGAUUGUUGGUGGUGAUGAUAAAUUGAGGUAUGAGAGGCUUUGUGUUAGGGCUUAUGUGGAAGGGAAUGAGAAGGUUAAGUGGUGUCCGGGGCCGGAUUGUGGCUUUGCGGUUGAGUAUGAUGAUGUUGUGGGGAGUGGAGAGGGGUAUGAUGUUGUUUGUGGGUGUGGGUAUUGCUUUUGUUGUAAUUGUGGUGAGGAUGGUCAUCGUCCAGUGGAUUGUGAGACGGUGGCUAAGUGGGUGGAGAAGAAUAAUGCAGAGAGUGAGAAUACGACGUGGAUACUUGUGUAUACGAAGCCUUGUCCUAAGUGUAGGAGGCCAAUUGAGAAAAAUGAUGGGUGUAUGCAUAUGACAUGUAGGAAGCCGUGUGGGUACUCAUUUUGUUGGGUUUGUCUUGACGAUUGGGGCAAACAUGCGUAUAAUUCGUGUAAUUCUUAUGCUGGGAGGGUAGUUAAAGAGAACAAUGACGAGGAGAGAGUGAAGCAAAGGGCUAGGAUAUCAUUGGAGAGGUAUACACAUUAUUUCGAGAGGUGGGCUGCUAAUAACAAGUCUAUGAAGAAAUCAUUUGCAGAUUUGCAGAGGAUGCGUGAUGAGAAUCAUGAUGUGCUUUUGGCAAAACAUGCUCAAAGCAGCUCUCAGCUGAAGUUUGUUUUGGAUGCAUGGACUCAGAUAGUUGAAUGUAGGCGAGUAUUGAAGUGGACAUAUGCUUAUGGCUAUUAUUUACCAGAGGAUAAUAUAGCCAAGACAAAGUUAUUCGAGUACUUGCAAGGUGAGGCGGAGGCUGCUCUGGAAAACCUUCAUCAUUGCGCGGAGAAGGAGUUAACAGAAUUCCUUCGUGAUGGUACUACAGCUGAGUUUAAUACUACUUUUCGUGAAAAGCUUGCAAAUCUCACUAGUGUCACUAAAACUUACUUUGCAAAUUUAGUCGAAGCCUUAGAGAAUGGUUUAGCGGACGUAGAUUCUGGAAGUGCUAAUAAAAAAUUGAAAACAGGCUCUUCAAGCAACUAAUGAAGAACAAAUCUUUGGGUAUGAAAACAUGUUUCAGCUUCACUACAUCUUGCUUUUACCAGUUUUCGUUUUCGCUACCCUAGAACAUUUAUUGAACGAAGGCAGGGUCCUCCAGCAUCAAAUCAAAGAGCUAAAAGAGAGAAGCCACAAAAGAGCUGGGUGAUUCAGCCACUUUUUAGUAGAAUAAAUUAUGAUGUAAGACUUGAUUUUUCUUGCAGUUGCCUAACUAUGUAAUAUAUUUUGUAGGACCAAUUCUCAUGUUUCCAUUCCUUUGGUUAAGAGUUUGAUAGACUUAUUAUUUAA